AUGAACCUCCCGUUUCACAGUGCAGGACCAGGAUGGCCUGAUAGUGACGUGGAUGACAUCUAUGAAGUGCAAGAUCCCUACCAUAGAUGCCAUGACACCGACUACGAAAGAAGUGGUUGGCUGGAGCAGAAUGUCCACUCUGAAGAAGAUCAAAUCCACAGCUCAGAGGAAGAAGAUAACAGUUCAACAUCCAGCAAAGAGCACAUGAACGAAGUGGACCGACAGCUCGAAGAAGAAAUUAAGCGCAAGAAGGUGGUGCACAUUGCUCAGGAGAUCAUGAGUUCUGAAAAAGUGUUUGUGGAUGUCCUGAAGCUUCUUCAUAUUGACUUUAGAGAAGCUGUUGCCCAGGCAACUCAUCACAAUGGAAAGACUAUAGUAGACGAGCGUAUCCUCAAUCAAAUCCUCUAUUAUCUGCCUCAGCUCUAUGAGCUGAACAAAGACCUGCUGAAAGAGCUGGAGGAGAGAGUUGCUCACUGGACUGAUCAUCAGAGAUUGUCGGAUAUCUUUGUCAAGAAGGGCCCUUAUCUGAAAAUGUACUCCACCUACAUUCGGCAGUUUGACAUCAAUGUGGCUCUGCUGGAUGAACAGUGCCGGAAAAACCCAGGCUUUGCGGCUGUUGUUCGGGAGUUUGAGAUGAGUCCAAGAUGUGCAAAUUUAGCUCUAAAACACUACUUGUUGAAACCAGUACAGCGUAUUCCCCAGUACCAGCUUCUACUCACAGAUUACCUGAAGAAUCUCUCUGCUGACUCAGAAGAUCAUAAAGACACUCAAGCUGCACUUUUUAUAGUAAAAGAAGUGGCCAACCACGCUAAUGACAUCAUGAAACAAGGGGAUAACUUCCAAAAGUUGAUGCAAAUCCAGUACAGUCUCAACGGUCAGCAUGAGAUAGUACAACCAGGAAGGAUUUAUCUAAAAGAGGGCACUUUGAUGAAGCUGUCCCGCAAAAUUAUGCAGCCACGAAUGUUUUUCUUGUUUAAUGAUGCCCUAAUGUACACCACACCAGUCCAAUCAGGGCAGUACAGACUGAACUGCAUUCUGUCAUUAGCUGGAAUGAAGGUGAGCAAACCCAGCCAGGAGGCCUAUCAGAACGAGCUGAAUAUUGAGAGUGUGGAGCGAUCUUUCAUCCUAUCAGCCAACUCGGCCUCAGAAAGAGACGAGUGGCUUGAAGCCAUUGCUACAGCCAUAGAUGAUUACACGAAGAAGAAAAUCACAUUCAUAUCAAGUCGAAGCCAAGAGGAGGCUGAGGAAGCUGUGGACAAUGGAGCUCUGCUGGGAUCAAAAGCUCCUAUUUGGAUCCCGGACCUGCGGGCAACAAUGUGCAUGAUAUGUACUUGUGAAUUCACUCUGACCUGGAGGAGGCACCACUGCCGAGCUUGUGGCAAGGUGGUUUGUCAGGCCUGCUCCACUAAUAAGUAUUACCUGGAGUAUUUGAAGAACCAGCCCGCUCGUGUUUGUGACCAGUGCUUUUCUAAACUACAAGAGAACAAAGACCGUUGUGCAUCAACGUCAAUAUCUCCAUUAAAAGCUGGAGCGUUUUCCUUCACUAGAAAGCAGAAGAAGAUCCCUGCUGCUCUAAAAGAGGUUUCAGCUAAUACGGAGAACUCUUCCAUGAGUGGUUACUUAAACAGAUCCAAAGGGAACAAGAAGCAGUGGAAAAGGCUUUGGUUUGUUGUCAAAGAUAAAGUCCUUUACACCUAUGCAGCCAGUGAGGACGUUGCUGCUUUGGAGAGUCAGCCUUUGCUAGGCUUCUUUCUGCGAGAGGAGAAGAAUGGACCUGCACGGAAGCUGCAAUUUAAGUUGUAUCACAAAAACACACUUUUUUACAUCUUUAAAGCGGAUGACAUACCAACUGCACAAAGAUGGAUUGAGACAUUUCAAGAGGCAAUGAUACUUGAAGAAUAA